UUUUUUUCUUUCUUUUUGUUUUUUUUAAAUGUUAAGGUUGAAUUCUUGGAUAUUUUGGGUUGAGUUAGGUGGAGCUUGCGUCCUUACAUUCAACUCAGAACAAGCUUGAAUGCUUACUGCAUGGAUGACCUGGCCUGUAGUGCGACCACAUGAUAUGACCUUCUACUAGGGGAAAACUUUUUCCCCUAGUUGAUCCUUCUUGAUUUUUAUGCUUUUAUUCCCUAAUUUGCAAUCUUUCCAGCAGUGCUGAUGUGUAUUUCAGGGGAAUCCUGUAGGCUAAUGAGCUAACGCAUUUAUUCUUCACUACUGCUAUUCUCCUUUUUAUGUUUUUGGUCUAAACCUCAAACAGCCAAUAUUUUAUAAAAUGAGGCCCCAUCUUUUUGAUAGCUUUCCUUGUGAUACUAAACCUAGUGUAAAAGCUUACCGAAAAAUGGAAAUCUUUAUUUCCAUUAGGUUUAUUAAGCCCCAUUUAAAAUUACUGAGAUGAGAGGAAUCAUUUCAUAGUUCAGAGUAGGAAAGUCCUAUCUAAUCUGAUAUAAUUUACAGCAGUUAUUAGUAUCCCUGUAUAUGCAGCAUUACUCCUCAUAGGAACUCACUAAAUAAUGAAAAUUCUUGCAACGUUAUAUUUAGAUGCCAUUUCAAACUUCUUUGUGGAGCCUUUGGUCUCUAUCCCAGUUUGUGGCAGUAAUAGUUUAGAAUGCUGUCAUUUAAUCUUCAUGUCAGAGAGGGAAAUCAGUAUGGUACAAUGAGUAGGUAAGAAUGUAGACUAAAGAGAAGAUUGCCAAGAGUUUAUUCUGGGUUCUGCCACUUCACUGUAUGGCCUUGGUGGGUUAUUUAUUAUGACUCCUCUCUGCCUCACUCUUUUUUGGGGAGAUACAGUUAUACCUGCAUGGCAGGAGCAUUGUGAGGAUGGACCUGAAGUACUUAGGAUGAUGUCUCGCAGGCAACCUCCCGACUUCUGGUUAAUUACCCAGAGCCCUAUCGUUCUCAAAUAUUGGAUUUUCUCUUUAAGCCGAAUUUUGGUGCCUCUUUGCAUAUUCUAAAAGUGGAAAUAGGUGGUGACGGGCAGACAACAGAUGGCACUGAGCCCUCCCACAUGCACUAUGCACUAGAUGAGAAUUAUUUCCGGGGAUAUGAAUGGUGGUUAAUGAAGGAAGCUAAGAAGAGGAAUCCUAAUAUUACACUCAUUGGGUUGCCAUGGUCAUUCCCUGGAUGGCUGGGAAAAGGUUUCAACUGGCCUUAUGUCAAUCUUCAGCUGACUGCCUAUUAUGUCGUAACCUGGAUUGUGGGUGCCAAGCGUUAUCAUGACUUGGACAUUGAUUAUAUUGGAAUUUGGAAUGAGAGGCCAUAUAAUGUCAAUUAUAUUAAGGUAUUAAGAAAAAUGUUGAACUAUCAAGGUCUCCAGCAAGUGAAAAUCAUAGCAAGUGAUAGUCUCUGGGAGUCCAUUUCAGCUUCCAUGCUGCUUGAUGCCGAACUCUUAAAGGCGAUUGAUGUUAUAGGGGCUCAUUAUCCUGGAACCCAUACAGUAAAAGAUGCACAAUUAACUGGAAAGAAGCUUUGGUCUUCUGAAGACUUUAGCACUUUAAAUAGUGACACGGGUGCAGGCUGCUGGGGUCGCAUUUUAAAUCAGAAUUACAUCAAUGGCUAUAUGACUUCCACAAUCGCAUGGAAUUUAGUGGCUAGUUACUAUGAACAGUUGCCUUACGGGAGAUGCGGGUUGAUGACAGCUCAGGAGCCAUGGAGUGGGCACUACGUGGUAGAAUCUCCUGUCUGGGUGUCAGCUCAUACCACUCAGUUUACUCAACCUGGAUGGUAUUACCUGAAGACAGUUGGCCAUUUAGAGAAAGGAGGAAGUUACGUAGCUCUAACUGAUGGCUUAGGGAACCUCACCAUCAUCAUUGAAACCAUGAGUCAUAAACAUUCUAAGUGUAUACGGCCAUUUCUUCCUUAUUUCAAUGUGUCACAACAAUUUGCUACCUUUAUUCUCAAGGGAUCUUUUAGUAAAAUACCAGAGCUACAGGUGUGGUAUACCAAACUUGGAAAAUCAUCUGAAAGAUUCCUUUUUAAGCAGCUGGAUUCUCUAUGGCUCCUCGACAGCAUUGGCAAUUUCACACUGGAACUGCAAGAAGAUGAGCUGUUCACACUCACCACUCUCACCACUGGUCGCAAAGGCAGCUACCCACUGCCUCCAAAAUCCCAGCCCUUCCCAAGUACCUAUAAGGAUGAUUUCGAUGUUGAUUACCCAUUUUUUAGUGAAGCUCCAAACUUUGCUGAUCAAACUGGUGUAUUUGAAUAUUUUACAAAUACUGAAGACCCUGGAGAGCAUCGCUUCACACUACGCCAAGUUCUCAACCAGAGACCCAUUACGUGGGCUGCUGAUGCAUCCAACACAAUCACUAUUAUAGGAGACUACGACUGGACCAAUCUGACUAUCAAGUGUGAUGUUUACAUAGAGACCCCUGACACGGGAGGUGUGUUCAUUGCAGGAAGAGUAAAUAAAGGUGGUGUUUUGAUUAGAAGUGCCAGAGGAAUUUUCUUCUGGAUUUUUGCAAAUGGAUCUUAUAGGGUUACAGGUGAUUUAGCUGGAUGGAUUAUAUAUGCUUUAGGACAUGUUGAAGUUACAGCAAAAAAAUGGUAUACACUCACGUUAACUAUUAGGGGUGGUUUCGCCUCUGGCAUGCUGAAUGACAAGUCUCUGUGGACAGACAUCCCUGUGAAUUUUCCAAAGAAUGGCUGGGCCGCAAUUGGAACUCACUCCUUUGAAUUUGCACAGUUUGACAACUUUUAUGUGGAAGCCACAAGCUAAUACUUACAGGGCAUCAUAGAAUAUUCUGGAUUUUCUUUUCUUCUUUUUGGUUUGGGUUCAGAGCCAAUUCUUGUUUCAAUGGAACAGUUUGUGAGCCUUUCGAGGCUAAAAAUAAGAAGAGUAAAUGGGGAGAGAAAUGUAUUUUUAAUUUAUCCUGUGGAAGAUUUUACUAGAAUUAAUUCCAAGGGGAAAACUGGUGAAUCUUUAACAUUACCUGGUGUGUUCCCCAACAUUGGUUCUAUCCUUGGGAGUUGCUUGAGUAGUAUAGACCUUGAAGCCUUGCUGCUAACACUCAGGUUGCUGUCUUCAUCUUAUUUGCAAAUGAUCAUGCAGAUGGCAGCAACUUGAUCAUCACCGAGGUGUAUUUAUGGAUACUGACCAUGUGUCCAAGUGAGCUAAUGUCUUCAUCACAAGAUGAUGCUGCCAUAAUAGAAAGCUGAAGAACACUGGAAGCAGCUUUAUGAAAACCACUUCAACCUGUUAUGCUUUAUGCUUUAAAAAGUAUUUUUAUUUUUUAAAAUAAAUGCUUUAAAAAUACUUUUUUAUUUUCCCUUUUAAGAUGAUAUUUUUGAAAUGCAGGAUAGGAUGAGUGGGAUAUUUAAAAAAUGCCUCAUUGGUAAACUACUUCUAACACUAUUUCUGCAGUAAUAAAGAUUAGCAGAUUAAUUGGGUUAUUUGCAUUAUCUAAUUCUUUUUGAUUCCAAGUUUUGGUCUUGUAACCAUUAUAACUCUGUGAAUGUUUUCUGAGGUGGCUGGAAGAAGGAAGAAAACCUGAUCUACCCGAAGCUGUUGGAGCCACUUCCUCUGCCUCAUCUCAUUGUGCUAUAGUCUGUCCUCACAUGUGGCACUGGUAACAGACUCAGACAGCUGAUGAAUGGUUUUUUUUUACUUAUGUGUGGAAGGAGAGGAGUACUUAGCCAUUUGCAAACUCACAGAAUUAGAUCAUCUCCUAAAAUGUAGUUACUGUUUAAAGUCCAAACAUGUUUAUAUUUAAAUAUAUGUGAGCAUGUUUAUCAUGUAGUAUGAGUUUUACUACACACUAAUAUGGCUUUAAAUAGCAAAUAAAUUAUUCAUAUGGGUAAAGUAAAUCUAGAGUUAUUUAUAAGAAUUACUCAUUGAACGAAUUCUACUUAAGAGUCUAACAUAGGCUUAGGUACAAUGAAGUAUUGCAUUGCUUUGAAGACAAGAAGCUAAUUACUAGAAUAAAUAAGAUUACAGAGAAAAUUUUUUAGUUAAAACCAAGUCUAAGUUAUUUCCAGCUAAUGCAUCUAACAAUUUUUUUACUAACAUUAUAGAGGCAUAAUUUAUUUACAAUAAAAUGUUCCUACUUUAAGUAUACAAUUCAGUGAGUUUUGAUAGAUAUACCCACAUAACCAAUAUUCCAAUCAAGCUUCAGAAUAUUUCCAUCACCUCAGAAAGUUCUCUUGUAUACCUUUUCCAUCAGUUCCUUUCACUCCCAAUCACAAGCAGCCAUUGUUAGAAAUUCUAUCACUAUAGGUUAGUUUUCUUUGUUCCAGAACAUCAUGAAAGUGGCAUCGAAUGCUGUGUAUUCUUGUGAAUGGUUUCUUUCCUUCAGCAUAAUGCUUUUGAGAUUUGUCCAUGUUGUGUGUGUCAGUGAUUUGUUCCUUCUUAUUUCGAAAGAGUUUUCCACUGUAUGAAUAUACCACAAUGUUUCCUCUCCCAAGUUUCCACUAUUACAAAUAAAACUGUCUAAAUUUUCAA